ACGUAAGCCACACCGUCACGCUCCUGAUUGCGUGAACAGGAAAAGAGCAAAAUGGAGGAGUACGCGAGGGAGCCGUGUCCCUGGAGGAUAGUGGAUGACUGCGGAGGCGCCUUCACAAUGGGAGCCAUAGGAGGAGGUAUAUUCCAAGCUGUCAAAGGCUUUCGAAACGCUCCUUCAGGGAUGAACCAUAGGCUCAAGGGGAGUAUGACAGCCAUCAGGACCAGAGCGCCACAAAUAGGAGGAAGCUUUGCAGUAUGGGGUGGGCUCUUCUCAAUGAUUGACUGCGGGCUGGUGAAGGUGCGUGGUAAAGAGGACCCCUGGAACUCUAUAACAAGUGGAGCCAUGACGGGUGCCAUCCUUGCUGCCAGAAAUGGGCCUGUGGCAAUGGUCGGUUCUGCCGCAAUGGGAGGCAUACUCUUAGCGUUAAUAGAAGGUGCAGGAAUCCUCCUCACAAGGUUUGCUUCAUCGCAGUUCCCCACUGGUCCACAGUUCAUAGAGGAGCCUUCCCCUAUGCCUGCCCCUACCUUUGGGGACUAUAGACAGUACCAGUGAUGGGCCAUGUCAGCAAUGAGGCCUUGUGAUAUUCCAUGAACUCAUCUGCGGUGCCAGAGUCACUCUGAGAACUAUGGAACUCUUAUUAUAUGAAUCCACCAGAGCCCCUGUCAGGGGCUUGGAGAAUGAAAAGUGCAAGCACUCAUGUGUUUGUUGUUGUGCUUUUUUUUUUGUUUUUGUUUUUUGUUUUUUUUUUUUGUUUUUUUCCCCUCCCCCUGCCACUGGCUCAUCUGUCUUUUGUCCUUAUUAGUCUUUAGUUUGUGGCUCACACUAUGUAAGUUGGUCUUCUUUACUCAAGAGAAGGGAUGAAGCUGGUUUGGAUUUCACCCUUCACAAAUUAUUUUCUGUUCAUCAUAUUUAAUGAGCUUGUUUGUUAACACAGGAAUUCCUGUAGGCUUAAGCACACUGUAGGUUAUGCCAGAUUCUGCAGAUAGACCAGUGUUUCCCAACCCUCAGGGUCCUUGAGCAUCUGUGCAUUGCACAUAUUGCUGCUUUUCUCAUUCUAACAUUGUUUAUACUCAUUUAGGUCUUUUUAAUUAGCAGAUGAGUUGAAAUGUUAGGUAAAAAGAAGACACAAUUGCAAUGUUGGGGAACUUCAGGAGCAGGACCGGAGACAGACCUACAGUUGCUCAUAAAACAUGAAAUUCCUGGCUGUAGAUUGGUAUGCCUAGGAGUAAUUUUGUGUUUGUGUGCAUGUAUGGAUGUGUGUGAGGAUAAACAUACAUACGUUGCUGGAUAGUUUGUUUUAUCAUCCCAAAGCAUCAUGCAUCUCACAAGCUCUUGUAUAGUUGAUGAAGUUAUAAGUAAAUCCUUAUCAUCUGAAUGUCCUCUCAUGUUCUAAAGUAGCUAUUUAUUUUUUAAGGCAAGUACAGCAAACUAUAAAUGUGUAAUGUUGUGUAUCACACGCAAUGUUAUUAGGACCAUUACUGGCAAAGAAUGAACAUAUUUGAGGUGACUGAUGUAUAUCAAACUGAAUACUAGACUAAAUAAACAGCUGUUGCUAUA